GGGAGGAAAUGACAGUGCAGCAGCCGGAGAGGUCGCCGAGGGAGGGGCGGCGCCCGGAGUGACACGGCCUGUCACCGCGGGGGCGAUCGCGGACCCUCCGCAGAGCGCCUAGGGCUGGGGAUUCCCCAGACUCUGACCCUCCCUGGGCUGCAGCCCGCCUUCCUGCCCUCCCCUCCGAGCCAGCGGCGACCCCGGCCGCCUGGGGAUCCCGCGAGCUGGCGACGAGGCUCGGCGAGCGGGGAGAGGAGCUGGGAGGGCGCCGGAGUCCCCCAGACUGGGCGACAGGAAACUCUGGGGAGUGAAUGGAAAGAAGUGGGUGGUCCGGCCUCUGCGACUUCCCCUGACAUCACUGCCCAAAUAAGGAGUUUCCAAGCGGUCGCGGGGCGGCCGGGAGCCGCGCCUGCCGCCGGCGACCGCCCGCCAGCCCGCCCCGCGCCCACCCCGCGCCGCGUGGGCCGCCUGCGAGCGCCCGGGGCACCGCCGGGCGGAGCCGAGCCGGGCGGAGCCGAGCGAGCGAGUGAGCGAGCGAGCGGGCGGGAGCUGGAACCCGCGCGGAGCCCAGGCGCUCAGCCCAGUCGAGCGCGGUGCAGCCCAGCGCGGAGCCGCGGAGCAGAAUUCCAGACACAAACCUGUCAACCUUGGACUAGUGAAUGGAGAAGUCUUGAGAGAUACUGGCCAGGCACAUUCUCCCUUCCAGAGGGAAGAGUGGAGUGUGAGAAGGGCAGUUGCACAGGAGUGGACAUGAAUGCUGGCUUUCAAAGAGAUCAGCGUUUUAGUUUUGGUCAUCGGAAGUGGUGCCUUCAGCACAGGUUUCACUCUCAUCUGUCAAGUGAGAGGCUUGGACUAGACAACUGAUCUCCAAGAAUCCAUUAGGAGACCCUGGUGCAACUUUAGUCCUCAUAGCAAAGAUCAAAAGUCUGUGUCAGAGCCCCAGAGACGACACAUGUGCCAGAUUUGGGUCACCAGAAGAGUGUGAUUUCCCCCUCCGAGGCCAGUGAUCUCCAACACGGGACAAACGGGGAGGAAAGAGACGGAGGCCCCCUGGCAUCCUGUGUGGCUUCUCUUGUGCCGGGACCAGGGAUGACCGGGCCAUGCACACCUCCAUGCCCAGCCUUCAGCAGCUCUCAUAGCACACGGGGGACUCGUAGGAGGCCACUCGCCACUGCCAACUGAAACAAUACAAUGGCUACAUCGACACCUCUUCUGACAGUUCUGCUGCAGAGGCUCAGACAGAAAGCACUGGUGCCUUUUCUGUCUGCAGAGUAGAGGACCAUGCCUCACCAAUGUGAGCACCUCAGGCCCUGAUGAACUGCUUGGAGUCCACUCACAGCCAGUGACACUUGCAAAGAAAAUCAAAAACAAAAGGCAGAAACCCCUAAAGCUGUCUUGAGUUUGGUUUCUGGAGCUCUUGACCAAAUGUGGUCAAAGCUUGACCCUUCCUUGGGACACUUUGGUUAUUCAUAAAUGCAGCCUACUCCCACCCUCCUUAAGUAGCAUCCUGAGUCUCCCUGGAGGUCAUGGAUCCUGAACAAAGCAUCAAGGGCACCAAGGAGACUGAGGGAAGUCCCCGGAAGCGGCUGACCAAAGGAGAGGCCAUUCAGACCAGUGUCCCAUCCAGCACUCCAUAUCCAGGCAGCAGCAGCAGCAGCUUGGCCACCACCCAUGAGGGCCCCCUCCAAGAGCUCCUAGCCCCGCAGCCCUUCCCAGGCCUCUCGUCAGUUCUUCGGGAAGGCUCUCAGGAGAAAACAGGCCAGCCCCAUAAACCCCUCAAGAGGUCCUCUGCUGAAGCCUCUGUCCACCUCUCACAGCUGUCCCAGCACCCUCUGACACCAGCAUUUAUGUCACCUGGCAAACCUGAACACCUUCUGGAGGGGUCCACAUGGCAGCUGGUUGACCCCAUGAGACCCGGGCCCUCAGGCUCCUUUGUGACCUCUGGGCUCCAUCCUCAGAGUCAGCUCCUCCCUCCUCAUGCUACUCUUGUUCCCCCUGAGGAAUUGCCCGGCAUUCCCAAAGUCUAUGUUCCCCGUCCCUCCCAGGUUACCUUGAAGCCUGCGGAGGAGGCACACAAGAAGGAGAGGAAACCACAGAAGCCAGGCAAGUACAUCUGCCAGUAUUGCAGCCGGCCCUGCGCUAAGCCCAGCGUCCUUCAGAAACACAUCCGCUCACACACAGGGGAAAGACCCUACCCCUGUGGCCCCUGUGGCUUCUCCUUCAAAACUAAGAGCAACCUGUACAAGCACAGGAAGUCCCAUGCCCACCGAAUCAAGGCAGGCCUGGCCUCAGGGAUGGGGAGCGAGAUGUACCCCCCAGGGCUGGAGAUGGAGAGGAUCCCCGGGGAAGAGUUUGAAGAGCCCACGGAGGGAGAGAGCACAGACUCAGAAGAGGAAACAGGCACCACCUCAGCUCACCCCACUGAGCUCUCCCCCAGGCCGAAGCACCCCCUCCUGUCCAGCGGACUGUACAGCUCUGGGAGCCAGGGGUCCAGUCACGAACGUGGUUCCCUGUCCCAGUCCAGCACAGCACCGUCACUGGAGGACCCCACCCCAUUUGUGGAACCCUCCUCCGAACACCCCCUGAGCCAUAAACCUGAAGAUACCCACACGAUCAAGCAGAAAUUGGCCCUUCGCUUGAGCGAGAGGAAGAAGGUGAUGGACGAGCAGGCAUUUCUGAGCCCCGGCAGCAAAGGGAGUACGGAAUCUGGGUAUUUCUCCCGCUCUGAGAGUGCAGAGCAGCAGGCCAGCCCCCCCAACACCAACGCCAGGUCCUACGCCGAAAUCAUCUUCGGCAAGUGUGGGAGGAUCGGGCAGCGCACCUCCAUGCUGACGGCCACCUCCACGCAGCCCCUGCUGCCCCUGUCCAGUGAAGACAAGCCCAGCCUGGUGCCUUUGUCUGUGCCUCGGACGCAGGUGAUCGAGCACAUCACCAAGCUCAUCACCAUCAACGAGGCCGUGGUGGACACCAGCGAGAUAGACAGCGUGAAGCCCAGGCGGAGCUCACUGUCCCGACGCAGCAGCAUGGAGUCCCCCAAAUCCAGCCUCUACCGGGAGCCCCUGGCGUCCCACGGGGAGAAAAUGAAGCCGGAACAGUCACUGCUGAGCCUCCAGCACCAGCCCAGCCCAGCCCCCCCUGUGCCUCUGCUGAGAAGCCACUCAAUGCCUUCUGCCACCUGCACCCUCAGCACUCCCCACCACACCUUCCGGGGGAGCUACUCCUUUGAUGACCACGUUGCAGACCCCGAGGCCCUGAGCCGCAGUGUUCCAGCCUUUACCUCUCACCCCCGGAUGCUCAAGCGCCAGCCGGCCAUCGAACUCCCUUUGGGGGGAGAAUACAGUUCAGAGGAGCCGGGGCCAAGUAGCAGAGACACCACCCUGAAACCCACAGACGAGCCAGAGCCCAAAGACAGCGAACUCACCAAGAAGACCAAGAAGGGCCCAAAGACGAAAGGGGUGAUCUAUGAAUGUAAUAUAUGUGGUGCUCGGUACAAGAAGAGGGACAACUAUGAAGCCCACAAAAAGUACUACUGCUCGGAGCUACAGAUGGCGAAGCCCACCUCUGUGGGGUCUCACCCACCCCUGGAGGCCGACAAGAGCCAGACUGAGCAUGAGCCUUGGUCCCAGAUGAUGCACUACAAACUGGGGACCACUUUGGAGCUCACGCCUCUGAGGAAGAGGAGGAAAGAGAAGAGCCUCGGCGAUGAGGAAGAGCCACCUGCCUUUGAAGCCACCAAGAGUCAGUUUGGUGGCCCUGGGCCAUCUGAUUCUGCUCAGAAUGUGCCCCUAGAAUCCACCAAGUCACCAGCAGAGUCAAGCAAGUCAACACCCUCCCUGGAGGGACUCCCAGGUUUCCAGUCAAGAACUUCCAAGCCAGAGUCUGGCUCAGAGUCAGGGAAGGAGAGAAGGACCACGUCCAAAGAAAUUUCUGUCAUCCAGCACACCAGCUCCUUUGAGAAGUCGGACUCUCUGGAGCAGCCUGGUGGCUUGGAAGGAGAGGACAAAACUCCAGCUCCGUUCUCAUCACCCCCACCAACCGUCUCCUCACAGGGACGUUCCACUCACUCCCUGCAGCCCAAACUGGUCCGCCAGCCCAACAUCCAGGUUCCUGAGAUCCUGGUGACUGAGGAGCCCGACCGGCCAGACACAGAGCCUGAACCUCCGGCUAAGGAACCCGAGAAGACAGAGGAGUUCCAGUGGCCCCAACGCAGUCAGACACUCGCCCAGCUCCCGGCUGAGAAGCUGCCACCCAAGAAGAAGAGGCUGCGCCUGGCAGAGUUGGCCCAGUCAUCAGGGGAGUCCAGCUUCGAGUCCUCUGUGCCUCUGUCCCGCAGCCCUAGCCAGGAAAGCAGCGUGUCUCUGAGUGGGUCCAGCCGCUCAGCCUCAUUUGACAGGGACGACCAUGGCAAAGCUGAGACUCCUGGGCCUUCGUCAGACACCCGAUCCAAGACCCCAGGUACCCAUAUGCUGACUGUCCCCAGCCAUCACCCUCAUGCCCGGGAGAUGCGUAGGUCCGCUUCAGAGCAGAGCCCCAACAUUUCCCAUGCUGCCCACAUGGCGGAGACACGCAGCAAAUCAUUUGACUAUGGCAGCCUAUCCUUGGCAGGCCCUCCUGCACCAACCCCAGUGGCUCCAGUGGCCCCAGCCGCCCCAGCAGAGAGAAGAAAAUGCUUUUUGGUGAGACAGGCUUCUCUAAGCCGGCCUCCAGAACCUGAGCCAGAAGUUGCCCCCAAGGGGAGACAGGAAAGUGAGGAACCAAAGCCCUUAUCCAGUAAACCUUCUACCAAAUGCUCCUUGCCCCAGGCUUCCCCAGUGGGCACUUCACACAGUGGGCACCCAGGAGGCAAGAGCCAAGGGCAGGAAAGACCCCCAAUGGGGUCCACUCCACCCUACACAGAGGCUCUGCAGGUGUUCCACCACCCCAUUGCCCAGCUGCCCCUGCAUGAGAAACCAUACCUGCCCCCUCCCGUCUCACUCUUCUCCUUCCAGCCCCUCCUGCAGCAGGAGCCAGGACAGUCUUCAGAGUUUUUCUCCACCCAGGCCAUGUCCGGUCUCCUCUCCUCACCCUACUCCAUGCCCCCACUGACUCCCUCCCUGUUCCAAACCCCACCACUUCCUCUCCAGCCUACUGUUCUGCACCCAGGUCAGCUCCACCUCCCCCAACUCAUGCAUCACCCAGCCAGCAUCCCCUUCCGACAGCCUCCUUCAUACCUCCCUUCCUUGCCAUACUCACCUUCCUCGGCACUCUCCCCUGGAUUCUUCCUGCCUCUGCAAUCCCAAUAUGCCCUUCAGGUCCCUGGCGAUAUGGACAGUCAUUUGCCCCAGGUCAAAACCAGCCUGACCCCACUGGUGACAGGAACGACUGGCCUCUCCCCCAGCACAGAGUACAGCAGUGACAUCCAGCUACCCCCACUGGCUCCCCCAGUCUGCUCCUCAGCAACCACGUUGGCCCCUCCACUGGUCUUGCCCACCUGUCCAGACACUAUGGUAUCCUUGGUUGUGCCCGUCCGCAUUCAGACCAACAUGCCCUCCUACGGGAGUGCCAUGUACACCACUCUCUCCCAGAUCCUGGUCACCCAGUCCCAAGGCAGCUCAGCAACAGUGGCUCUCCCCAAGUCUGAGGAGCCCCUAUGCAAAGGGGUGACAGUAUCUGGGGCAGAUAUGUAUGAAGUUGAACCUGGCCAAGCUGGCACCAGUGAAGAGCAGAGCAGAGGCUUCCUGACUCCAUACCUAAGGGUACCUGUGCCUGAACGAAAAGGCAGCUCCCUGUCAUCAGAGAAUAUCUUGAGCCUGGAGGGGACUUCAUCCACAGCAGGAGGAAGCAAACGUGUCCUUUCACCAGCUGGCAGCCUCGAACUUACCAUGGAAACCCAGCAACAAAAAAGAGUGAAGGAAGAGGAGGCUUCCAAAGCAGAUCAAAAACUAGAACUGGUAAAACCGUGCAGUGUGGUGCUUACCAGCACCGAAGACAGCAAGAAACCAGAGAAAUCGCAUUUGGGCAGCCAGGGCCAGAGCAGGAGGGAGCUAGAAACUCUGUCUAGUCUGUCUUCAGAUUCAUCUGACCCAAAGCAAACUUCUCUCCUCCCAUUACCCCAUGUGACAACCCCAGACUCAGAGACUUUGAAAGAAUAUGCCCAGUCAUCUGGUAAACCUCAGCAAAGAGGACUGGCCCCACCUAGUGUAAAGAAAGAAGAUUCCAAGGAACAACUUGACCUCCCACCAUUGGCACCUCCCAGUUUGCCGCCUCUAUCAGAGAUGUCCCCCAGACCAGCCAAGUCACAAGAAGGUACGGACUCAAAGAAGGUACUGCAGUUCCCCAGCCUCCACACGACCACUAAUGUCAGUUGGUGCUAUUUAAACUACAUUAAGCCAAAUCACAUCCAGCAUGCAGAUAGGAGGUCCUCUGUUUACGCUGGUUGGUGCAUAAGUUUGUACAACCCCAACCUUCCGGGGGUUUCCACUAAAGCUGCUUUGUCCCUCCUGAGGUCUAAGCAGAAGGUGAGCAAAGAAACAUACACCAUGGCCACAGCUCCGCAUCCUGAGACAGGAAGGCUUGUGCCAUCCAGCUCCCGUAAGCCCCGCAUGACAGAGGUACAUCUUCCUUCACUGGUUUCCCCGGAAGGCCAGAAAGAUCUAGCUAGAGUGGAGAAGGAAGAGGAGAAUCGAGGGAAGCAGGAGGAGGAAGCUCCUGCCUCCAAGAGAGGGGAGCCGACGAGGAUCAAAAUCUUUGAAGGAGGGUACAAAUCAAACGAAGAGUAUGUUUAUGUGCGAGGCCGCGGCCGAGGGAAAUAUGUUUGUGAGGAGUGUGGAAUUCGCUGCAAGAAGCCCAGCAUGCUGAAGAAACACAUCCGCACCCACACUGAUGUCCGGCCCUAUGUGUGCAAGCACUGUCACUUUGCUUUUAAAACCAAAGGGAAUCUGACUAAGCACAUGAAGUCGAAGGCCCACAGCAAAAAGUGCCAAGAGACGGGGGUGCUGGAGGAGCUGGAAGCCGAAGAAGGAACCAGUGACGACCCGUUCCAGGACUCGGAAGGGCGAGAGGGCUCAGAGGCCAUGGCGGAGCACCAGUUUUCAGACCUGGAUGACACGGACUCAGACUCAGACCUGGAUGAAGAUGAGGACGAGGAUGAGGAGGAAAGCCAGGAUGAGCCAUCUGGACCAUUUGUGGAGACCCUGUUGCCAGGCUUGUCAGCCAUGCUACCUGCAGACUCUUCGUCCAUCCAUGGCCUUCAGCCUCCAGAGGCCACCUCCAGUGACCAGGCCUCAAGGGACAGAGUGGUCCCCAAGUCCCAGUGCUCUGCAACCAGCAGUUGCUCCACGUGGAGCCAAAGCAUCUUAUGCCUUCCCCAGUUGGGACUUCCCCCUUUGGGUCCCAUGGAGAAGGACACAGGCUUGGCCCUGAGCACCAAGGCCACAUCCCCAAGAAGACCAUGGUCCCCAAGCAAAGAAGUGGCUAGUCACCCACCACUCACCCACAAACACUCACUGACCAAAAGCGACUCCUCUCCCCAGCAACACUCACCGGCCAGAGAGACACAGGCCUCCGCCCCGAGCCCGCCUGACCCCCAGACAGGCCUUCACCCUUGUGGGUCUCCCAGACUCCAACUCUCUCCUCUCACCCCCCAUCCCCUGGCAAAGGACCGGCCCCCAGAAGCACAUCUGCCCCAUGGAUGUGGAGAUACCACAGACCCAGGCGCCCCCAGACAUUCGCCCACCAGGCGAUGGUCUCCGGGCCAGGCCGAGUCACCACCGCGGUCAGUGCUAACAGGGAAGUGGGCUUUGGCCAGGCCAGGCAGCCCCUCGGCAGGACAGCACAGCCCUGGAGCACAGCUGGCCCCACGGGCUCUCUUCCUGCCAGCUUCUCUACCUCACAGGCUUCUCAGCAGAAGCCCAGAGACCUGCACCUCUUCAUGGCAGAAGGCCGAGUCCCGAAGUCCCUCCUGUUCACCUGGCCCUACACAUCCUCUCUCCUUCCGGUCCUUCUCCACCCCCCACGACUUCCACAGCUACCUGCCAGCCCGGACAGAGGAGAACCUCUUCAGCCACCUCCCUCUGCACUCCCAGCAUCUGUCCCGUGCCCCCUGCCCUUUGAUUCCCAUUGGUGGGAUUCAAAUGGUGCAGGCCCGGCCUGGGGCCCACCUACCCCUGCUGUCCGGGCUUCCUACAGCCUGGGUCAGCGGCUUCUCUGGGGGUGGCAGCGACCUGACAGGGGCCCGGGAGGCCCAGGAGCGAGACCGCUGGAGCCCCACCGAGAGCUCUUCUGCCUCCGUGUCCCCUGUGGCUAAGGUCUGUAAGUUCACACUCUGCUCAGAGUUGGAGGACAGGGGAGAUGCCUGGGAGAGGGAGAGGACGAGCAGAGGCCUGGGCAGACCUCCUGACUGGGAACCCCGUGUGGCCGAGGUGCCCGCAGAGCCCACAUACAGCCCCUGCACCCCAUCCCGGGGCCGCCUGGCUGAGUCACUGCGUGCUCUGGCCCAGCCCAUGGCUUCUGCCCCACCGCUGGACCGAAGCAGCUCCAUGGGUUGCCUGGCCGAGGCCUCCUCCCGAGUCCCAGCCCGGAGGAGGAGGAACUUCUCUGGGGAGCCCAGGACCAGUAAGGACUCCCCCAAGUCCUCAGGAAGUGGGGGGCCUAGAGCACCUCUACCACACCAGCUGGAGGACCGGGGCCCCUCAAGCACUUAGCCUCUCUCCAACUGCUUCAGCAUCUGCUUCCGGUGUUUAGCCACAGACGUUCCUAGCCAGCUUCCUCAAAUUAUCUUGCUCCCAUGAGCUCCCUCUCCCAUCUGUCCAUCGGUCCAAGCAGCUUCCGCUCAGCCCUCAUCUGUUCUAUCUUCCCACGUAUGCAGUUACCUGUGCCUUUUUCUAUACCUUUUGUUGCUUGAAAAGAAACAAAACACAUGCACACACACAUGUAUAAAAUAGCCUGUGAGGAGUUUGAGACUGGGACUAUUUUGUGCUGUUUUUAAGAAAGAAUAUAGGUGGGCCACUAUAAUCAGUAGCCGCCACCACCCCACCCAGGCUGGCCAGAGGAGGCCAUUUGCUAAGGGGAAGGGCAUGCACUGAGGGAGGGAGAACCAAAAAAGGCAAACUUUGGAAACUGUAUUACGAAAUGUAAAAGCAAGCACUCCUGUGUAGGUACAGGUUCUCAAAGCUCCUAUUCAUUGCCACUUCAUCAUGCCCCAGCCAGUGCCCCACUCAGCCACUGUGGUAGGGUCCCAGCAAGCCAACUUUGUCCCUGCCCCCCACAAAGAAAAGUGUUACUUAGGAUUUCAUCACCAAACAGCAGGAGCGAGUAGAAGGUAGGAGCUGGUUGGUACCCCCCACCCAGGGCCCCUGGAUAUCCAGGGUGUCCAAGUCAUGGGCCUGGCAUUAGACCAAUUGCCUCCCCACGCUACCCAAUUGUCUCCUCCCACUACCCCACCCCUACCUCCUGGACUGGGAAUGGAAUCCGGCAUCCAUCUCCUGGUUUUUGGACACUUGACCUAGUACUUGCUCCCCAGACCCAGGCUUGAACCUCACUCACAUGGCAAAGCAACAUGCUAUCCAAGCGAGCUAUUUCACUAGCCCACCUCUGUGUUCUAAAACUGCCCACAGGGCUGAAAUGGCAAAUCCCAACCCCUAAGGGCCCAGCCCCUAAGUGCAAGGCUUUGCCAUUCCUAUGCCUGGGCUUGGGUCUUACUUCAUGCCUGGCCCAUGUGGUACCAAGGGUCUAAUUUCCACCAAGGCUGGGUCUUCACAGUACUCAGCAUUGGACAUAGCCAGAGACCAUUCUGGACCUUUUAGUAGCAGGAAUGUUUCUCCCUACCCUUCAUGCUACCCUCCCAGAAGUACCCAAAGUGUGCCUGGUGGGAACUGCCCAGGCCCAUUUGUGCACUGAAUUAUCUUUUAAUAAUAAUUUUAAAAAAGAGAGUGGGACAGGGAGAGAAUGGUGUCUAAUAUUUCCUCCAGCCUCCUCAGAGGCUCUGGACCUAAAAGACUUGCUUCAGUGUCCUAAGUCAUUUGAAUUAUUUUCUUCUUUUUUAAAUUUUAUAAUUUUUUUAUUUAAUGUUCAUAGAGACAGAGAGAAAUUGAGAGGAGAGGAGGAGGUAGAGAGGAAAAAAGACAGAGACACAUCUGCAGCCCUGCUUCACCACCCAUGAAGCUUUUUCCUUGCAGGUGAGGAACAGGGGCUUGAACCCAGGUCCUUGCACUGUAAUGUGUGUGCUUAACCAGGUGCACCACUGUCUGACCCCAUCAAUUGACUGCUUUUUCCAAAGCAAUUAGAACUAACCAAUUUCCACUUCCUCAUCCCCAUCUCCACCUCUGAGAAGCUGCCCAGUGUUUCCUGGAACCAAACACUGGUUGCAAAGAGAAACAAGAUGAUCAGACAUUAACAGCCCAAUGGAAAUAUGGAUCUUGAACUCUAGCAUAUUCACAGUAUUCUGGGAGAGGUGGGUUUUCCCCUCAACCUUCCAGAAAUCUAUGUAUGUUUUAAUUCCACAAGGAGAAAGCACAGGGACCUUGCCAUGACCCACCCAGGCAAGUUAUUGAUCUCACCUGGAUCAGGGCCAUCUAUAGCUGGUCUCCAGUCCUCCAUCAAGCUGCGUGAAUCCUUUGUCCAUCAAGGGCUUCUGAACUGCUGAUGUUCUUCAGAUAGGACAUAAAGAGGGAGAAGAGUUGAGGCACUUUCAUGAGUCCCUAAGCUUUCGUCUUCUACCAGCUCAGGGCCCUCCAUUGCUUGUGCUCGUACUGGACGCACAGAUACAUCACAGGUUCAGCAUCCAGCCAGCCCUUGCUCAGAGCUAACACAAAAGUGGGAUAGUCAGGAAGGGCCUCCCAGAGGUCCUUGGCUCCAAGGUGCAAGGGGGUGGGGGUGGUGCUAACCUGCAGUGCCCCCAACUACCUGAACUAGUGUCUGGGGCCUUCCAUCACCCUGGGUUUUCAGACCUACCCCCGAGUGGCUGCCCAGAUACCAAUAACAAGGAGCCCAGGUCAGGAACCUGGAUAAAGGGCAUUGUGAAUUUCCUGGGCAAGACAUCCAGACUCAGCAAAGCAGCAGACUGGGGCUCUGCUGGGCUGACCCCUGACCUCGAGGGUGGCCACCACCACCACCUCCACACACACACACUGGUCCUCUGCUCUUGCUCUUUUGGCAUGGUUCCCCCUGUGCUCACUUAGCCCACCCCUCAAGGUGUCCUUCUAGGGAGCCUAGGGGUGAGUCCUCACGGUCACUGAGGAACCCACAGGCACAGAGCAGGGGUCAGCAGUGGCUUCCCCAGUCAGGGGCCAAAGGGCUACUGCCCUGCACAGAGCCCAGAGGUAUGGACCACAUGCCAUCAGCCUGAGCCAUGUCCUAGGUUCUGCUCUGACCCAUCUACCAUCCCCAGCAUAGAGCUCUCCAGUCUCUCUACCCAACCCUCACACUCCUUCAUAGCUUGUGCAAGUGCCCUCAUUCUAUGCCCUCCUCGGGGACCCUGCCCUGCUCCCAGCCACCCCAAAAUUCCCAGUUUGUCUAUGACAUUGUCCUUCCUGCUGAGGGCACCAUGGAGAACACAGAGGUGUUCUGUUGGCACAGCACUUCUGUCAGCACAUGUAGACAGUCCUUGUAGACAUGGACCUUAGGCACUGUUAGUGGGGAGGCAGCAAUUUGCCCAGGUUCACAAGGCAAAGCUUUUCAGUUGGGGAUCCCAAGAAACCUGCCAGCCAGGUCUACCUUCCAGGAUGCCCUUUACCCUCCCGUAGUGUCAGAGACAUUCCGGAAAUGAAUCAUAGCCCUCUCCAGAAUGCCUUUCUUCUGACUCCCUCCAGCUGGACCUAUACUCUGAUGCCAACUGCCAAGCACUUCCAGGAGCCUGUCAGCAGAAGUUCCCUCUGCCUCUCCCUGUGAGGAAAAGUCUGACAAAAUUAACUUCCAAAGCCCUCUGGCCCACUCCAUUCUCACCCAGGCCUUUUGAACAGGAACAAGCAAUAUAUAUGAGCUGCAUUGCUCCCUAGUCCUUUCUCCAGACAAAUCCACAAAAACAAAAGGUCUGCCUGGGUAGCCAAGGCGGGGUUGGGGAGGGGGUGGGCUAUGGGGUGUGGGAGGGGGUAGAAUUUGCAGCAUGACUCGGGGAGUGGAGAAGGUUCCUGAAGUGUUCCACAAAUUUUGCUUCUGUGUUGUGAAUCUAGUCUGCUUUCCAUUAGAAAACCGCUUGGGCACUGAUGAUCACUUUAUUAAAUCUAGUGUUAAAAAAAAAAAAAGAAAAGAAAACAACAGGAAAAUGUGUAGGUAAAUGUAAGAUACAUGCUCUCUGUAAUAUAAACUGUUUGCCUUUGUUUUUCUAAAAGGUGUAUGUAUUCUGUAUUUGAGACUGUCUGUAGAGUUUCUAUGUUCUUAAAUGGCAAUACAUUCCAAAAUCGUACUGUAGAUAUGUACAGCAAACCACACUGGGGUGGGGUAGUUUUGCCUGUAAUUUUAUUUAAACUUGUUUCUACACUUGCAUCUUGCAAUGUUCAUAUAGUAUAUAUCAGUGCAAAAAAAAAAAACUCAACAAAAAAUUCUUGCAGGUCUAAAGCACAGUCUGAUGUACAAAAAGAAAAAAUUUCUCAGUAUUGAUGUGUGUGACUUUUGUUGUAAAUUACAUCUGUACUGUGAAUGAGAAGUUUUUACAGGUAUAAUAAUCACCUUUAUUACAGCUCUGGCUGUGUCCAGCCAGAGAUUAUUUUUUAAAAAAAAUUUAAAAAAUAGCACGUUGGAAUAAAUUUGAAAAUCCCAACAUA